UUGAUAGUUUCAAUAUAUUCAGAGCCCGCCUUCUCGGUACGUCGUGUAUAGCGCGCUCAUUCCGGCUUACAACGAUACGCUAUAGGAUACGUGAUAGCGAGGUCUCAGCCCGCGAAGAACAGACUAAUAUCAACAUAAGUUUAAUAACGAGUAUUCUGGCUAUUGCAAAAGAGUAACCAGUGAUUGGAAAUUAUGCAAAAUUGUACAGAUAGUCGAUUGUAUCUUUGUUUACAGUGUGGAUCUAAUUGAAAAAGCCUGAAUAUAAAAUGUGAAAGCUCAGAAAUGAUAAUUCAGAAAGGCUUUGGAUAAACCACUUGUCGGAUUAUACUUUCUUCAUUACUAAUUUUGGAAUCUGAUUUAAAGCUAUGAACAGAAAUGUGACGUAUAAUUUGCAAUUGGUUUUAAACAGUUAAUGUAUCAACAAUAUGUAUCAAUGUUGGACGUUGUUUCUAUUUGUCACAAUGCACGUGCCGAAUUGUUUUGCAGCCGUUGCGACGAUUCCCAAAGCUUCGUCUGACAUGCAGCUUAAUAAGCACGUGCAACUAGCGACAAAAGAAGAAUCUGCAAAAACAUUUUCAACUAACUGGCCAGAUGAGGUACAGCUAGGCUGUAAGGAGCUGAGAGCAAAACGAUUUAUCUCAGACGGCUUUUGUACGUCUUUGAAACCAUUGAAGGAAGUUGUUUGUGCUGGGCAGUGCAUGCCUAUCAAAGAACAAAAUAUGCCAUGGUGGGCAGAAUUUACCAAAUAUUGGGCAAAACCAAAGUUUAUGGAGUGGAGGUGUGUUGAGGCUGUAACUAAAUUAAAGAAAGUGCAAUUAAUGUGUGAAAAUGGCGAAACUAGAACAUAUAAAAUUAGAGUAGUAAAAUCUUGUAGAUGUAAAAGUUACGAAAAAGGAACAAACGUAACUGACCUUAAAGACGAAUCCUCCCAAAGAGGAAAACGAGAUAAGCAUGAAACCAAACGUAAACGCAAAGCACGGAAAGAACAAAAACGUGCAGAAAGACGGAGGAAACGAUUGGAACGUAAACGAGCAAAGCAGCAAGAGCGGCAAAGACUUGGUUCGUCAUCGCGCCAGUCGCGGAGGCACAAACAUUCAGGUGACAAGGAUACUCGGCGGGAAAAGCGCCGGCAUAGCGGUGGUGUUGACACUGUUUCAGACUCUAAGGAAGGAAAUUCACAACUUUUAAAAAAUAAUGAAUCGCCAACAGUGUAAAAGUAUAAUAUGAUGGUAGGAAUAAAUUGCGAGAAGUUUUCAAUACAAAUUUAACAAAACAGGUGUGUUACAAAGACAUAUGUGUCCCAAAGAAAAAGAUGCCUGCUAAGUAUUCGAAAAAGGAUUAUACGGAUUAUAUGGUGUAGUGGCCAAGACGUAAUUUAUUGAGUGCUUAAGUGUAAGCAUAAACUUCUAUUUAAUUAAUAGUACCUGAUUGUGCACUGUCUCCCUAGUGUCACAAGUGUGCCAGUGGUAUCCAUGGAAUGUUUGAGGACCAUAUCGUACAAUAAAAAGAAAAAUUGGAGAAAUGUGAAGGAUUAAAACUGGGAUAUUUUUUACUUAACUUUCAAUGGGGAAUGCGAAAGUUGUACACACAAUUGAAAUGCAUUAAUAGACCAUUGUUGAUCCUUUUAAGAUGAUAUUCCUUUAACUGGAAUUCAUUUGAAUUUUCAAUAUUGACAAGAGCUGAAAGAGACUGUUUUAAUUAUAUAUUCAAUUUUGUUAAAAUACAACAUUUACCCCAUUUGUACUUAAAUAUUCAUCAUCACAUGUUAGUCUUUGUGUAAGUAAAUUUAUUUUAAGUAUUUCGAUUAAUAAAAUCUACUUCAGUUUCUGUUAAACAUUGCAUCAGUGUUCAGUACAGUAUAUAGACCAUGCCAAUUUGUAAUCAUGUACCAUAUUGUCAACUUUAACUUUUAUUCAUUCGUAGAUCUGGAUUCUUUUUCAUGUGAUUAAGCUAUCCAGCUAGCUAACGGAGUGUCGGUUGUUCUACUCUGGUGCAUGGGAGGGCACCCGAGGUCUUCCUCUACCAGUAAAGCUGGAAUGUCGCCAUAUGACUUUUACUGUGUUGUUGCGACGUAACACCCAACCAAAUAAACCUGGAUUCCAUUUUAUUGCUGCAUUUAAAACUUUUUUGUUUUCAUUUCAUUGUUCUGAAUACUUUUGCUUGGCUCUUGGUGCUAAAGUGCCACAAGUUUGAUGUCUUCGAAUUCCGAAAAGUCUUAAGAUCUAUCAUAGAAAAUAUUUGUACGAAUAAUUGUUAUCCAUUUUUGAAUUGAUAUUUAAAAGUAUAUCAGGAAAUGUGGAAUAGUAACAUUUAUAAAGUUACAAUGUUAUCAUGUGAUAUAUGCAUGCAUAUAAAUGAAAGAAAUAGUUUAAAAAUAUAAUGAACGGGCAAACUUUCGUGAUAAUGUAUAAGCAAUAAGAAAAUGGUUACUCAAUUGAAACGGUUUGAUAAAAUCAUACGAACAGUGUGAAAAAAAUACUUAAAAGUGAACGACAGUUCUUUAGCCGUCAUGAUUGUAGGAUAAUUAUUCUAACAUUAUUAAUCUAUAUAAGUUUACUUUUGAAGUAUACCGUGUACAAAAUCAUGACUGUAUUCAUGAAAUAAGAAAAUAAGAAUAUGUUACAUAUAUUAGGAAAUCAUCUUCAUUAUGAAAUUAUUUUCAAGACAAACAUUUUCAACACACUCACUAAAUACCAUUCAUACAUUCGCUACUGUAAUAUAGUUCUGUAAAUUAUAACUGUUAUAAGUGAUAAGUGGAACUACUUUUUCUAUAUACGAGUAUUUCCGCACUGCUCGUGAAAUACGCAAGUUAUUUUAUUUGUUUAAUAUGCGUUUUACAUCAGUUGAAUAGAUAAAUAAUGCCUUACUUUCAUUUUGUACAUUAUUUUAUAUUGCCACAAGUUACAGAAACUUUGAGUUUUUUCCUUGUAAUGAAACAGCGAGAAAUACAUAAAGUCAUUAACAAUUUUGCUACAACUUAAAGUUUGGUGCACUUGUCUUUGAUACAACGUCUUUUGUUUGGAAAUGGAGAAUAUAGAAAAAUAGGCAAUUAAUAUGAAAUUUGAUCAAUUUACGAUGUUCAUGUGGAAUUUCAUGAUAAAACAACAUGUACAACUUCAUUUUGUUUUAUAUAAACCAUGUUUAGUACAGUCAAAUAGUUACAAACAUGUAUAUAAAUAUAUACCUUCCUUUCCAUGAGACUAAAUAUACAUGUACGAUAUUGUAUGCUACUAUUCAUUUAAUACAUUCCAUAUUGUUCGAUGCAUCAGUUAGGCAUUUGUUUUAUUUCCUCCAAUCAUUUUUGUUAUGUUUGUUUUUGUUUGCUCAUGUGAUACUAUCAGGGCCAUAUAUUAUUUGUAAAAUUGUAUUUAAUUUGUAAAUAUUCAUUUAUGAAAAAUUAAAACUGAUAAUAUGUAUA